AUGUUGUCGGUGCCUCAAACCGCCGUCGCUGCUAGGAACAUGCUCGGUCUCGCCUCACGGCAGUUCCCCAAGGUCGCCGCAUCAACAGUGCCGUCUGCGCGAAGCUUGUCGACUAAGAAGAAUGUAGACAACGAUGUGACUUUGCUCCAAGACAAGAACGGGUUUGGAUUCGCUCGAUCGAACCCCAGACCCCCCAAGCCAAGGAGCAAGGGUGUCACAGAAAUCAGAGGUCCCUACUACUCGGUAAUGGGUAAGAGAUAUCUUGCCGAUGUGCUGGAAACCAUGGGAACGCAUGUGGAUGGAUUGAAGUUUGCAGGUGGCUCGUUCUCUCUCUUUCAAGAGAAGCCUCUGAGAGAGCUGAUCGAGCUGGCUCAUGAGCAUGGAGUUUAUGUAUCAACGGGCGGCUGGGCCGAGCAUCUUCUCACGCACCCGGAUCCGAACGCUGUAUUCGACAAGUAUCUUACCAAGUGCAAAGAUCUUGGAUUCGACGUGAUCGAACUAUCAUCCGGCUUCUUGUCGUUCCCGGAAGAUGACUGGCUCCGUCUGGUCGACAAGGUCCAUUCUUACAAGUUGAAAGCGAAACCUGAGUUGGGAAUUCAGUUCGGUGCUGGCGGCGACACCCCGGCUUCUGGUCUCGAGGCAAUUGGCACUUCCGACCCGGGCAAGCUCGUUAACCUGGGCCAGAAGUUCCUGAAUGCCGGCGUUGAGCGCCUGAUGAUCGAAUCCGAGGGUAUCACAGAGAACGUGGAGUCGUGGCGGACCGACGUGGUGUCUAAGAUCAUGAAGGAGCUUCCAUCUGAGCGCGUCAUGUUCGAGGCAGCGGAUCCCAAGUUAUACAAUUGGUAUAUCCGUGAGUUUGGCAUUGAUGUCAACCUGUUUGUCGACCACAGCCAGAUUGUGCAAUUGUCGUGUCUGCGCCACGGAAUCUGGGGCACUGCCGAUACCUGGGGAAAGAUCGUAUCGUUCCGGCCCUGA